CCUCUCUUUUUCUCUCUUAAGUUUAUCUUGUUCCCCCCUUUUUUUCCCUUGUUUUUUCUUCACUUAAAAGCGCGUUCCAUAGUAACUUGCCAAGUUACAAUUCUCCUUUACUCUAUUCAAUAAAAAACCAUGACGAUCGACGUGUUUGAACCUGCUUCAGCAGAAGACGAUAUUCUUUUAGAGAUCAGCCGUAAACUCUCUAACGUGUCUAUCCAUAAACUACCUACACCUGGUGGCACUGUAGAAAAAGACACUUUACCCACUGUUAAAUAUCUCUUGUAUUCAGCAGACCCAGAUCAGAUCAGACAAAGCAUUCGAUUGUUGCGUAGAUACUUGACUCAAGGUCAUAGUGACGAAACAAGUGUCAAUGAUAUCUUGGGAUUGGAUAUUUUACCACGCAUUAAAGAGCUUUUAGAAGCAGAUCUAGGCAAUACUAUCAAGUUUGAAUGUGCUUGGAUUGUCACCAACAUUGCAGCUGGUAUGACAGAACAAACCAAUGCAGUGAUUCAAGCUGGAUUUGUCGAUGUAUUGCUGAAAAGUAUGUCUGAUACUAAAUCAAAAUUGGAUUUAAAGGCACAGGCUGCUUGGGCCUUAGGCAAUAUUGCAGGAGAGUCUCCUCAGUAUCGAGAAGAAUUAAUGAAAAAGGGAUUCACACAUUCCAUUGUUACUGUCCUGAAUUCGAUUUAUGAUGAAGCUUAUGAUGAAGCCACUUAUUCUCAAUAUGAACAUGGCAAAAUGCGAUUUGCUGAAGAAGAAGAUUAUGCGAAUGUAGAAGCCUUGUUAUGGGCCUUGUCAAACAUGUCUCGCGGUGGUUUCUGUGUUGCUGAAUACUUUCGCCAUUAUCUUCCCAUGUUUGAAACCUUCUCUAAAUACAUUGUGUUUGACUACCCUAAACUAGAAAUUGAAGUUUGUUGGGGACUUUCUCGUAUUCUUUACAACAUGCAUGAUGUUCAUGAAUUCCAUAAACGCAAUCAUAUCUCUGAUGAACUUUGUGAAAGACUCUCUGGUCUGUUAAAUCAUGGUAUUCCCAAAGUGGUUGUGCCUGCUAUUCGAACUGUCGUCAAUAUCACUUCAGGACCCAACGAGAAUGUUCUUGGUCUAUUGCGCACACCCAUCUUGUCCAGCAUCACUCGAUUGCUUGAACCCCAAGCACCCAAUGAAAUUCGCAAAGAUGCUUAUCUUGUCAUUUCCAACUUGGCUGCUGGUAACAAUGACAUGAUUGACCAUGUCCUUAGUCAUAAAGUGGUCAUGUUAAAUGUCGUUGCCCAUAUCACAGUUCCUGGCCAUAUUUAUGAUGCUCAUUCAAAACAAUGGAAUGCUACUGUCUCUCAUGCUUAUUACUACAGAAAUGAUGAAUGGAAAGUGACAAAAGAAGCCUUAUGGAUUAUAUUCAAUAUCAUUUCCCUUGGUAGUGAUAAUUCAGUAUGGAACCUCUUACAAGAACAUACCACUCUUCCUCAAGCCUUGGCUCUUGUCUUUCGUUAUAUUUAUUUGCCUCUUGAUGUAUGCGAAAAAGUGAUUGAAUGCAUGAUCAGUUUAAUUCAACGCUCCAACAAAUGGAUUGACCAACGAUUUCCUCAUGGUAAAAACCCUUAUGUACGACAUCUAAUUGAUUAUGGUGUGCCUGCUUCCCUUGCAUUUGUCACGAAAGAAGUUGCUGAAUCUUCCACUGUAGUUGAUCUAUGUCAAAAACUCGAAAAACUCUUACUAGCCUCAGAAGAAAAUGUGGUUCAAACAGCCUCUAUUUCAGAUAUGGCCGGUAUGGCAAGUGCCUUUGGACUUCCUACGAUUAUUGAAAUUAAAGCAAAGAGUAAUAAGCGAAGGGUCAUUCGUGGUCUUGAAGACGGCGAUGUCAGACUCAUUGAAAAUGCAGUUGGCAACCUUUGUAUUUAAACAAAAAAAAAAAAUAAUAAUAAUAAUAAUAAAAAUACCAGUCCGUAGUUAUUCUCUCUC